AUGCACGCUACGCAGCUGCUCCUAUGCAGCGCGUACGUUGUCUGGGCCGUCGAAAACGAUGCGAACGAUGUGAUUCAGGAGACGAUUCGAUAUUUGUUGGAUUUUAGCGAAGUUCCCAAUGCAAAUUCCACAGCACCCAAAGUACGUUCGUCGCAUCGUACUGCUGCAAUGAUGCAGAGCAUUUAUGAGACGUUUGUCGAGGAUGACGGCUCAGAUGAUGGAAAUAUCGUUCGCGGCAUCGAUCCUGCUUUAGGCAAAUUAGACGGUCAUGAGGUAAUGAUUUUCGACAUCUCUGGGCUUAACAAGGAACAGAUUAUGCGAGGUGAACUACACUUUUACCUGCGACGGCGCGACGCUUCAAAGUCACGACGAGCUCGUCAGCUCCGAGCAAAAUCACUAUGCAUUAAUGACUACUGUAGCGAGAAUCAGUUGUUAGAGACUAUCAAGGCAAGGUAA